UUUAGAUUCUUCAUAUACAGAUCACAAAUCCAAACCAAUGGGUCUAUCAAUCACCACUUCAGAUUUUAAAGAAACUGAAUUUCACUCUGAUCAUCAUAGAACUCACAAAAUAUUCCUCUUUACAAAUUAUAUUCUCUUAGGAGCAGCAUCUAGUUGCGUCUUCCUCACUCUCUCCCUUCGGUUAAUCCCGUCCCUCUACGGUGGUCUUUUUAUCCUCCUCCACGUGCUAACAAUCGCCAGUGCAGCAUUUAGCUGCACAUCGAUUGUUGCCUCUGCAGAUUCUAACAAGUGGUACGGUGUCCACAUGGUUGCUACAGUUUUAACGGCUAUAUUUCAAGGCUCUGCUUCGGUCCUUAUAUUUACAAGGACUUUGGAUUUAUUAGAAAAUUUUAAUUCUUAUGUUAGAGUAGAAGAUGGUGCAACGAUCUUGAAAUUUGCUGGUGGAUUAUGCAUUUUGAUAUUUUGCUUGGAAUGGGUUGUUUUGCUUUUGGCAUUUGUCUUAAGGUACAAUGCUUUUGUGGAAGGGAAUGGGGGAGUAGUUGAAGUGAGUUCAAAAUUCAACAGCAAUUCUAAAGUUGAAGAUGAGGACUUGAAACAUUGGCCUUGUCCAUUCCAAGUCUAAAUUCAAUUACUUAUUAUACACCAAUUGAAUUUAGGCAUAAUAGAUAAACAACUUGGCCUCAGCCGGCAAGUAUACCCUCUAAUUUUGGGUGAGCACUAAUAGGCACCUCAAUUUGUCUCAAGUUUGUCACUUGAACACUCCAAUUUACAAAAUAAUCAUCUAGAUACCUUCAAAAUUUAUGUGCUACAUCGGUGCCACGUCAGCACUUAUAUUUAUGUGUUCAACAUUAUACAAGUUUAGGUGUCUACCCUUGCACACCUAAAGUUGGAGGCAUAUUUGUCAGGGCCAAGUUUGAAGGCCUGUUUAUAUAUUAUGUCUUUGAAUUUAUUUAUUCUUUACUUAUGUUUGAGUUCAAUGCUCAAAGUUUAUGAGUUUUUAUCUAAUCACACUUGUUAAUAUACGGUUAGACUGCUGC